CAAAGCCUAUUUGCUGCGCCUAAAGCAGCAAAAGCCCGGCUCAAAUAACGAUAAGCCACUUAAGCAUUAGUGCCAACUCAGUACCUCCCGCAUCGUUAAGCUAUAAAAUGCAGUCCCGUCCCUCUCCAUUCCCAAGCCCAUCUUCCUCUCUCUUCCUCCUCCGCUCUCCUCCGCUCCGCUCCGCUCCUGCAAAGCAUAACGCCCUCCAUCGGCCUUUCUAAUCCGACUCCAUACCCAAUUGCUCUCCUCUUACACCCAAUCAAAAAAUGGAGAGAUGGAAGAAACAGCAGCCACAAUCUCCCUCCUUCUCUUCUUCACUCCUCGACCUCAUCUGCCGCUCCAUUGACGAUUCCGCUACCUCAACUCCGUGCCUCCCCGCUUCAUCAACCGACAAGAAACGCCCACCACCACCACAACCUCCAGCGAUCCUUCGCCGCUCGCGUAAUCCCUCCGACGAUCCUCGCCAUCGACGCUUCUUCUCCACCACCAUCCCCUCCAUUUCCUCUAGCAUCGUCGGAUUCUCUUCCGUCGACUUCGACUCCACCACCCCCCAUCGCCCUGUUCUCACCCGAUCCAAACCCAUCCGAAUCGAUCCACCAAAAUCUCCGCAAACAAACAAGCCCAAUCGCUCCAUUCGCACCCGGAUCCGCGCUCUGCAAAAAUCGCCGACCUCUGCAUCACCUGGAUCUCGCCUCGCCGCCUUAAUCAACACCAUUUUUGCCGGCGUCGGAGACAGAACAGCGACCAGACCCAAGCUCGCUGGCUGCGUGGAGUAUCCGGUGAGCUAUUCGUCCUCCUCCUUUUCGAGCACCAGCAAAACGGGCCCAUGUUUUAAAAGCCUCGAGAAGCAAGAGCGAUCGUUGCCAUUCUCGCCUGCGAGCAUCGUAAAUCGAUGCUGCUGCGGAGAUUCGCAGAUGAUGGUAGAGUUGUUGAGAGGUUUUGAGAAGAUAGAGGAUCUGGAGGAUUGCGAAAGCGUCUCGAGCUCGGAUCUGUUCGAGCUGGAUAGCCUCUCUGUGUUUGGAGAGUUCACGGACGACCUCCCGGUUUUCCAUUCCACCACCUAAGACUGUAAGUGAGUCAGAGCAGACUCAGUGAGCUGGCUCGAGCUUGGCUGUGAUUCGCGAACUAUGCUUGAUAAGCUAGCAAGUCAAGCUCAAGCCGAGGCUCGCUCGAGCUCGACUCGAACUUGUUUACACUCUUACCACCACCAAUGGGGGUGAAAGGAGCCCUAUCGCCCAUGGCUUCAUCGAAUAAAGCUUUUCAAAUUAUAUGAAUGACGGAUAUGUGAAUGCUGUGAAUUGCAUACAGCGUGGUGCGAUUCAUAUCGUCGUCCACAUAUUCAAAUAA